UUCUCGUGAGGGUUCGUUGAUGCAAAUAGAUAACUUGUCUAUAGCUGGAUGUGUAGUCCUAAAAAGAGAAUCCAACCAAAGCCAGACUUCUAUCGAGAAACGAAGCAUAUAGCAGAAACCAUGGCUGCUGAGCUUGUGGGUGGAGCGUUUCUCUCUGCUGCUCUCCAAGUUGCAUUUGAUAGGCUGUCUUCUACUUCUGUCAUAACUCACUACUUCCGAUCAAGAAAGCUCGAGGAUAGCUUGCUCAAAAAGCUUCACAUUACCCUCAUUGCUGUGAAUCAAGUGCUUGAUGAUGCAGAAGCAAGGCAGUACACUAACCCCAAUGUCAAGAAGUGGCUUCAUGAGCUCAAACACGCUGUGUAUGUCGCUGAUGACCUCUUAGAUGAGAUUGCUACUGAGGCAACCAGGUUGAAGUUCGAAGCUGAGAAUCAAACUGCGACCAGUAAGGCACGAGGCUUCUUUACUUUUGUUAAUCCAUUUGACAAACACGUGGAAGCUAGAAUCCAGGAAGUUCUUGACGACCUGGAGUUCCUUGCAAAACAAAAGGAUGCUCUCCGAUUGAAGGAAGGCUCUGGUGGUGGUUGUGAAAUUGGAGUUGGUGGGAGAGUAUCAGAUAGAUUGCCGACUACGUCUCUGGUAGUUGAUGAUUCCAGUAUAUAUGGUAGAGAUGGUGAUAAAGAACAAAUAAUUGAGCUUUUACUUGAUGAUGAUUUGAGUAGGAACCCUCUAUCUGUGAUUUCUAUAGUAGGUAUGGGUGGGUUGGGUAAGACCACUCUUGCUCAGCUAGUGUACAAUGAUGCAAGGAUGGAGGAUCAGUUUCAACUCAAAGCUUGGGUAUGUAUCUCAGAAGAAUUUGAUGUUGUUAGAAUUACAAAAACAAUACUUUCUGCGCUGGGAUGUUCACUAACAAAUUAUGAAGACCUGAAUCAGCUUCAACUAAAACUGAAAGAGAAACUGAUGGGGAAGAAAUUUUUGCUAGUUCUUGAUGAUGUCUGGAAUGAGCGCCAAUCCAAUUGGGAAGCCUUGCAAAUUCCUUUCUCUUGUGGAGAUUUGGGAAGUAAGAUCCUGGUCACAACACGCAGUGGAAAAGUAGCGUCCAUUGUGGGUUCAAUUAGAUUGCAUCGCAUACCUUUACUAAAUGAAGAAGAUGGGCGGAAGGUAUUUGCUGAACGUGCAUUCAAAAACAAGGAUUCUAGCAUGUGUCCAAAUCUUGAGUCAAUUGGUGAAAAAAUUGUUCAAAAGUGCAAAGGAUUGCCUUUAGCCAUAAAAACAUUGGGUGGCCUCCUAAAUAAAAAAUUAUCAGAGAAACACUGGAAUGAAAUUCUUCAUAGUGAGAUAUGGCAGUUAGAUGGUGAGACUGAUAUAAUGCCAGCUUUAAGAUUAAGCUACCAUUACCUACCUUCUAAUUUGAAGAGGUGUUUUGCAUUUUGUUCUAUAUUUCCUAAAGACUACGAUAUUGACAAGGAUUCUCUAAUCCAGAUGUGGAUGGCAGAAGAGUUGUUGCAUUGUCAUCAAGGGAAAAAAAGUAUGAAAGAAAUAGGGAAUGAAGUCUUGAGUGAAUUAAAAUCAAGGUCUUUUUUCCAGAACUCGAGAUUUGGUCAUGACAAGUUAAUCAUGCAUGAUCUUUUAAAUGAUCUAGCAAAUUCAAUCUCUGAUGGAUUUUGUUCAAGAGUAGAGGGUGGUAAUGUGCAACACAUUCAAAGAAAGAUCCGCUACUUUUCAUGCUCAGGUACAAUUGAUAACAAAAUGUUGUUAGAAUCUAUUUGUGAGUGUAAGUUAUUACAUGGCUUCCUACCACUCUCACCACUACAAUCCUCCAUUGUCGAGGGUAAAGAUGUGGGUGAAAUGUUGUCAAGAUUUAAGCACUUGCGAAUUUUGGACUUGCAAAGUCAUGAAACCAUUAAUAAAUUGGGUGAUUGUAUAAGCAAUUUAAAGCACCUUCGUUAUUUAGACCUUUCUCACACUAGAAUAGAAAAAUUACCAGAUUCAAUUUGUAUAAUGUACAAUUUGCAGACUUUAAAAUUGCUUGGAUGCAAUCAAAUUUUUGAGUUACCUCUGGAUUUGUACAAAUUGAUCAAUCUGCGUUAUCUGGACCUUUCUCAAACUAGGAUCAGCAAAUUACCCGAUUCACUUUGUAAAUUGCAUAAUUUGCAUACUCUGAAAUUGCGACAAUGUUCAUCAUUGGUUGAUUUACCGCCCAAUUUUGAUAUGAUCAUCAAUCUUCAUCAUCUUGAUUUGCAUGGGACAAAUAUAAGGGAGAUGCCAAUGAACAUUGGAAGGUUAAAGCAUCUUAAAAAUUUGACUGCCUUUUAUGUGGGAAAGCAAAGUGGGUCUAAUACUAAGGAGUUAGGGAAACUCAAUUAUCUUCAAGGCUGUCUUCAAAUUUCUCAGUUGGAAAAUAUAAAUGAUGCAAUAGAUGCCAGAGAGGCCAAAAUGAAAGAUAAGAAGUACUUAAAUGAAUUAUAUUUGAAAUGGAUUGGAAACAAUGAGGAUUCACAAAAUGAAAGGUCCAUCUUAGAGGUUCUCCAACCUCAUGUCAACUUGAAAAAGCUUUUUAUUCACAACUACGGUGGCACAAGGUUUGCAAAUUGGAUUGAUUCUCCUUAUCUACCCAAUUUAGUAUCUCUUGAGUUGCGGGCUUGUAAAUAUUGCUUUUGUUUACCAUCACUUGGGCAGCUACCCUCUCUAAAGAUGCUUCAUAUUUCUCAAUUAGAAGGCAUAAAGAAGAUUGGGUUAGAGUUUUAUGGGGAAAAUUUGUCACUUGCUCCUUUUCCAUCCCUUGAAUAUUUUCACAUUUCUGAUAUGGGUGAAUUGGAAGAAUGGAUGCAUUUUGAUGGUGGAUGUUUCCCCUGCCUUAAUAAGUUUUCUAUUAGAAAUUGUCCCAUAUUAAGGAAGUCCCUUCCUCUACACCUUCCAUGCUUAGAAUAUCUACAAAUUGAAGGAUGUCAAGACCUGGAACUUGAAUCAUUCCCUAUGACAGAUUUCUCUUAUCCAAAACUUGAAUGGAUCUCCCUUUCUUCCAUGACCCAUUUUAAGUCACUGCAUGAAGACAUGCAUGCACUUCUUCCUUCUCUUCGUUAUUUACAGCUAUAUCACUGUCCACAGCUGCAAUUGGUUUCUCAAAGAUGUUUGCCUUCAAGCCUUGUCCACAUUUCAAUCCAUGAUUGCCCCAAACUCAUUGCUUCUCGCAUGAGAUGGGGCUUGCACAGACUUCAUUCUCUACGAGAUUUAUUAGUGGGUGCUCAUGAGUUUGAAAAUGUUGAGUCUUUCCUAGAAGAGGAACAUAUGCCACCCAAUCUAAAAUGUCUUUAUAUUGAUAGAUGUUCAAACUUGACAAAAAUAAACAACAACGGUCUUCUCUCCCUCACAUCUCUUCAAUGCCUACAUAUUUCCAAUUGCCCAAAUCUCCAAUGCUUGCCAGAGGAAGGUUUACCCAAAUCCCUCUCUCAAUUAUGGAUUUCUGGAAAUUGUACAUUACUAAAGCAGCAGUACCAAAAAGAGGAUGGACCAGGCUGGCCUAUAAUUUCUCACAUUCGACUGGUAUUUAUUGGAUGAAACUACAUGCCAUGAGUUUUAUGAGCUUAUAAUACGCUCUUAUAGAAAUGCUGAGCUGGAGACCAUUGAUUCGGACUAUGCAUAGUUUCUCGGAAUCUCCAUUUGGGCAGUUGUCAAAGAGCAGAAGAACAAUUGGUGUUGGAUGCUUCAGUUCGGUUAUUGUUUGGCUCUUCACCAUGAAAGUA